AUACAUUGUCUAGUUGGCAACAGAAAUUAAAAAGUUGGAUUUUUGUGCCGUAAACAACAAUGGCGGGAGUUCAAGAAAGUAUAGAUCUUUUUACAAAUAAAGAUAUCGAUCAAGAAGAAUAUACUGAAACAGAAAUUACAGAACAGGCAGAAGUUGAAAUUCAUUCCACCGAAGCUACAGAUCUUGGUCAACCUGGAAUAGAACCUCAAGAAAAGCUGAUCAAACUGCCCUUGUCACGAAUAAGGAGUAUCAUAAAAACCGAUACCGACGUAAAAAUUGCCAGUCACGAAGCUGUUGUUACCUUAGCCAAAGCAGCAGAACUCUUUAUUCAGAGCUUAGCUUCUGAGGCUGCUACAAGAACUAUCAGAGAAAAAAGAAAAAUUGUAUUAAGGAAACAUUUAGAUACAGUGUUUGAAACUAAAGACUGUUAUUCUUUCUUAGAAGGAGUGUUGGAAAGCUUUCAGGAUUAAAUAUUUAUUUUUUGUAGAUGUUACUCUUGUAAAUAAAAUAUUUUUGUAAAUAGU